AUGCUGCCAUCAUCCAAGCUGCGCAUUACACUACUGCACCUCGCACCGACAACACCCCUUGUUGUAUCACCUCCCAACUUUAUACUAUCGCGUGUACGAACCAUGGCGACCAAACCCUCCCUCAAAGCUGCCGAGGACUUCCUUUCUUUUGUCAAUGCCUCGCCCACACCAUUUCACGCUGUCAAGUCAGCAAAGGAAAGAUUAGAGAAGGCGGGCUUCAAGCAGAUCAAGGAGCGCGACUCAUGGGCACCCACCCUGCAUCCCGGAGGCAAAUACUACCUCACCCGUAACACAUCCUCCAUCGUCGCAUUCGCUAUCGGCAACAAAUGGAAGGCGGGCAAUCCCAUUGCCAUGAUCGGCGCCCACACCGACUCUCCCUGCCUGCGCAUCAAGCCUGUAUCCAAGCGAACGGGCGACGGCUUCAUCCAAGUAGCCUGCGAGACAUAUGGUGGUGGACUAUGGCAUACCUGGUUUGACCGCGACCUCAGCAUUGCAGGUCGCGCCAUGGUGCGCACAAAGGACGGUAACAUCGAGCAACGUCUGGUCAAGGUCGAGCGACCAAUUCUGCGGAUACCUACUUUGGCUAUCCAUCUGGAUCGCCAGGAGAAUUUCCAGUUCAACAAGGAGACCCAGCUAUUCCCCAUUGCUGGUCUCAUUGCUGCAGAGCUGAACCGUCAAGGCAAGGGCGAAGAGUCCAAGGAGGAGGGCAAUGACGCGGAGACCGAAGGCCCCCUCGCUGCGCCGACCGCGAGACACCACCCGUACAUAAUCGAUAUCAUCGCUGAGGAGGCCGGCGCUGAACCGAGCGACAUCGUAGACUUCGAGAUGGUCCUGUACGAUACGCAAAAGUCGGUGAUUGGCGGUCUGAACAACGAGCUCAUCUUCUCUCCACGACUGGACAAUCUUAUGAUGACGUAUUGCAGCGUCGAGGGCCUUCUCAAGAGUCUGUCCGACUCGUCAGCACUGGAAAAGGAUUCGACUAUCCGAUUGAUCGCAUGCUUCGAUCACGAGGAGAUUGGCUCCCAAACAGCACAGGGAGCAGACUCCAAUCUGCUACCUGCUGUGAUUCGCCGUCUCUCGGUAUUGCCAGCGUCCGAGAGCAACUCCGAUGCAUCGUAUGACAAGGUCGAGGCAGACACUGCUACCGCGUACGAGCAAACGCUCGCCACGUCUUUCUUGAUCUCCGCCGAUAUGGCUCACUCCGUACACCCCAACUAUCCGGCCAAGUACGAGGCCCAGCACAGGCCUGAGAUGAACAAGGGCACUGUUAUCAAGAUUAACGCCAACGCGCGUUACGCUACCAACUCACCGGGUAUCGUUCUGCUUCAAGAAGCAGCCCGCCGUGCCAAAGCGGCUUCUUACAACCCGAAGUCAGGAAAGGAGGGUGUUCCGCUCCAGCUCUUCGUUGUUCGUAACGACUCUUCGUGUGGAAGCACCAUCGGGCCUAUGCUGUCGGCGGCCAUGGGCGCGCGUACUCUUGAUCUGGGUAACCCUCAACUCAGCAUGCACAGCAUCCGUGAGACUGGUGGUGCGCAUGAUGUUGAGCACGCUGUAAACCUGUUCGACAGCUUCUUUGAGAACUUCAAGGAGCUUGAGAAGAAGAUCAUCGUGGACUGA